AUGCAUCUCAGCGCGGGGGUCAAUCUCUACGCCCUGUUCGCGUUGGCGUUCUUUGCCUCUUUCAUUGGCAAAACACACGCGUCAAUGGGUGACCAUCUCCCCGACUUUAAAGAAUGUGUCAAGGUCUGUAUUACGGAAAACUGUCAAAAUGGCAAUUCAGUGCUACCUCUACACCACCGUUUGUUAUUAUGGACCUGCCCUUCCGAAUGCGAUUAUACCUGCCAGCAUGUCGUCACCGACCGUCGAGUCGCGCGUGAUCCCCCUAUGAUCAGACCGAUCCUUCAAUUCCACGGGAAAUGGCCGUUCCGUAGAAUCCUGGGCAUGCAGGAGCCCUUCUCCGUGCUGUUCUCCUUCUUCAACUUCGCCGCCCACUGGAACGGGAUGUCUCGCAUCAAAGAGUCAAUUCCCGCCUGGCACUCCCUCCGCCCUUACUACAUGCUAUUCGGAUACAUCGGGCUGGCCAGCUGGAGUUUCAGCAUGAUCUUCCACACCCGUGAUUUCGCCCUGACCGAGAAGCUGGAUUAUUUCGCGGCCGGUGCCAAUGUGCUCUACGGCCUAUACCUUUCCGUUAUCCGCGUGUUCCGGCUCGAUCAGGACGGUUCUCAGUACCGUCCCUCCCUGCGUCGCUUCUGGACCGCUGUCUGCGUUCUGCUCUACACGUUGCAUAUCUGCUACCUCAGCUUCUGGUCGUGGGAUUACACAUAUAACAUGGCGGCAAACGUGGCGGUGGGCAUCGUUUCGAAUCUCAUCUGGACGGGAUUCAGUAUCGUCCGGUACCAAAAGUAUCUCAAGUCCUGGACCGCUUGGCCCGGUAUGAUUGUUGCGUGGAUCAUCCUCGCCAUGAGUCUGGAACUGCUAGAUUUCGCACCCUGGAAUGGGUUGAUUGAUGCACACAGUCUCUGGCAUCUGGGUACCGUCGUACCCACUGCUUGGUGGUACUCAUUUUUGAUCAGAGACACACAAGAUGAUAUUGCGGGACAUAGGCUUAAAGCUUAG